AUGAUCGCCAAAUCUGCUCUCCAGCGAGCAGCUGCCACUCCAGCUCGCAACGUCCUCGUCCAGCACUCCGUCCGCGCUGCCUCGGCCUGGUCGCAAGUUCAGCAAGGUCCUCCAGAUGCGAUUUUGGGCAUCACCGAAGCUUUCAAGAAGGACAGCAACCCAAAGAAGAUCAAUCUCGGCGUGGGAGCAUACCGCGAUGACAAGGGCAAGCCUUACGUGCUGCCAUCGGUGAAGGAGGCCGAGCAGAAGGUCGUCAAGGCGAAUCUGGACAAGGAGUACGCUGGCAUCACUGGUGUACCCGAAUUCGCCAAGGCAGCUGCUCUACUUGCCUACGGUCCAGACAGUGCCGCUCUCCAGGAGGGUCGCAUCGCCAUCACUCAGAGCAUCUCAGGUACUGGUGCCCUUCGGAUAGGUGGUGCCUUCCUCCAGCGCCACUAUCCAGGCGCAAAGACCAUCUACAUCCCAACCCCAUCAUGGGCCAACCACAAGGCUGUCUUCUCCGACAGCGGCCUCGAGAUCAAGCAGUACCGAUACUACAACAAGGACACCAUUGGCCUCGACUUCGAUGGCAUGGUCGCCGACAUCAAGGCCAUGCCAAAGGGCUCCAUUAUCUUACUCCACGCUUGCGCGCACAACCCAACUGGUGUCGACCCAACUGAGGAGCAGUGGAGAGCUAUUAGCGAUGCCGCCAAGCAGGGCGACCACUUCCCAUUCUUCGAUAUGGCGUACCAGGGCUUCGCUUCCGGCGACACCAACAAGGAUGCAUUCGCUCUGCGCUACUUCAUUGAGCAGGGCCACUACCCAUGCCUUGCCCAGUCAUUCGCCAAGAACAUGGGGCUCUACGGCGAGCGUGUCGGUGCCUUCUCCAUCGUGACCUCUUCACCUGAGGAGAAGGCUCGUGUCGACUCGCAGAUCAAGAUUCUCGUCCGACCACUCUACUCCAACCCACCAGUCCACGGCGCUCGUAUUGCAAGCACCAUCCUCAACGACUCUGCUCUCAACAAGCAGUGGCUCGGUGAAGUCAAGGGUAUGGCCGACCGCAUCAUCAAGAUGCGUGCUCUCCUGAAGGAGAACCUCGAGAAGCUGGGCAGCAAGCACAACUGGGAUCACAUCACCUCGCAGAUUGGCAUGUUCGCGUACACCGGCUUGACUCCAGAGCAGAUGACCAAGCUUGCUGAGGAGCACUCGGUCUACGCUACCAAGGACGGCAGAAUCAGUGUUGCUGGCAUUACGUCCGAGAACGUGGGCCGACUCGCCGAGGCCAUCUACAAGGUCAAGGGAUAA